AUGAGUCCGUGUCCAGUACGCGUUCCUUAUGAAACCCUUCUGCAAAACUUAGAUUUUGGUACUCUGGAAUCCAUAUGGAAUGCAAAAACAUUACAGCAUCAGCUCACUAGCGGUUGCUAUAAAUGGAAUAGAUGUUAAGCAUCCCCAAACAGGUGUUUAACCGUCUGCAAUAGGUUUCAUGCUCUCAGAAAAUGACAAUUUCAACUUCUUCUCGUGUCCACCGUGGAAUCCGUACGAUCCAGCACCGCGAAGCUAGCGCGAGUCAGACCCUGCGGAAACCAGGAGCGAAUCCGUGCGAAAUCCCCAUCCAAAAGGCGUGUACCGCCCAAUCCAGACAACGACGAUGACCGUGACGGUCACGGCAGCGUCGUUUCGAACCACGACUACUCCACCUUCCCAACAAGUCGACCCCGGAUUGGAUUCUGGCAAUCCAGGUGGUCCAAGGUCAAGUCGAGCAGUAUCCGAUCACGUGUUCUCACAUGUCUUGCACUUGUGCUCGUUAUAAUCGGCGCGGUCGGUCUGAGCGGCGAUCUCGGUCGAAUUAAGCUGCCCGAGCAUGUCUCAGUCAAGACGGUCCGCGAUUGGCUGCGGCUGUCCGCCGGCUGGGACGCUCGUCGGGAUCGCACCAAUGUGCUGUCGAAGAAGAGUGGAAGCAAUCUCGACGAGAGUACUUGGGUGACCUGUUUGAGUCGGCAUCGGGAAACAGCACAUCAGGGGUCGCAGAGCUGCUGGUCCAUCCCGACCCCACCCUGUCCUUGUACGAUAACCUCAAGUAAGUUUCGCGCAGCCCCAGUCUAGUUGGGGGAAUAGGGGUCUCGUCUUGCCGCGGGCUGCCUGGCGACCGGCCAAGGCCAAGGUCCCCACAAAACGAUACAACGUGAUGCUGGCCAAACAAAUCCUCUCCUAUAGACCAAACUUGAAGUACCUCAUGACGGACUCGUGGAGCGGCUUGGGGGGUCAAUUUACGACCGUGCUCCCUUUGCUGUUCCUCGCGUCCACGACCUCGCGGAUCGCUGUUAUCCCGAGCUUUAACGACGAGCACCACUAUAAAGCGGACGUCAUUGUCAAGAUGAGCAUGCUAUACGACCUCGAACGCUUCAGACAAAUCGUGAGUGCCUCACCGAGCUUCACGAAUCAGAGCGGCCAGAGUGGGGAAACUGAUCCAACCCCCCCGGCUCCCUUUUCACACAAUGAUUAGACCGGAAUCUUGUUUGUUGAACAAGACGAUGUCAAAGUCCGCGAUCCCAAGCAUACCCUUACUCAAGAAGGCCAUCUCGGAUGCUACGUCUCCAACUGGUCGUUCGACCAAGGUCUUUCUUACGGCCACCACAACAUCCACCAGACGAUCAUUCGAAUCGAUAGGCCAGGAGUCGCAGGCAAAGAGUGCGUGCAGUAG